UACUCUGACUUCCAUUCAAGUCAUUUCCCAUUUUCCAACCCCAUUAAUAUUUAACAUUUCUCACCAAUGACUCCCUUUCAUGUUCAGCUUCCACAACCCUAUUGGAGAAUACUUCCCCACUUAUCUCUUUAUCUCUCUGUUCCAUUGCCCAUACAUACAACUCUCCAUUUAUUAAUUAUUUAUGUUCUCACUCUUCACGUUUUCCAAUUCUUCAGAACUUAGCUUCUGAAUCCGAACUCUCUUUUUUUUCCCCUUUCUUUUCCUAUCUGAUCAUAACCCACCAAAUGCUAAGUUCUUCUAUUAUAGUACUUGUUCAAAACACCUGCCAUUUCUUGUUCUCUUUUUCAAAGGUAUGGAAGAUGAUCAUGGAGAGAAAGUGUCUCAUCAACCCAAUGUAGAUGAUGGGACAAUAAGGGUUUUCCCUUGUUUAUUCUGUUCAAGAAAGUUUUACAGUUCUCAAGCUUUGGGAGGUCAUCAAAAUGCUCACAAGAGAGAAAGAACUGCUAAAAGGAAGGCUAAAAGGUCAUCAGAUUAUGGACCAACCACCAACUUUUCAUCUUCUCCGACAUUACCAAUUGUUUAUGCACCAGCUGCAGCAAGUCACCACCAUUUAAGCUUUUUACACUCUCCGAUGUAUAUAACAGCGCAUGCUGCCAACUUCCAUUAUCUCCCAAAUCCUCACCACAGGUUCGGGUCGAAUGGUGCAGCCAGAUUUGAUAACAAUGCAGUGUUUUAUGGCGAGGGUAACAAUGUUUGUCACCACCACCAUCAUCAAAUUGACCAUAAAGACCAGCAAAGUUAUAACUUCAAUUGGCAAAGGAGCAUAAGGUGCAGUGGAGACUUCACUCAACAGCUAACAAUGGUGGAAGAUAAUAAUCAAGGCAUUGGGAGUGCUGAUCAUACGGAUAGAGAUCAAAAGCUAGACUUAUCUCUUCAUUUAUGAAUUAAGAGAGAAUGAUGAUGAGCCCUUUUUUUGGUUAGAGGAGUUUACUAUUGUUUUGCUUUUAUUCUUCUAUCACAUGCUUUUACAAUAAAAAUGAUAUGAUGACUUCAUUCUUUGUUUUGCAAAUGAUAUGAUGAAGUUGAUGAAUAAAAACAAUAAUGGAAAUGGAGUUGGAUAGGU